AUGGCCAUCACAGACAGUCACAACACGCAACCCACCAAUGGCACACAAUCCAAACUCGUGGCCUCGGCGCCGGACGCAGUGCCUGAGCCUGCCCAGAUAUCCCCAGCUCUCCUCCACCGCUCCCUCCACCAACAACCCUACAAAGUCACGUCCGCCAAGGGUCUGUACCUAACCCUCUCGGAUGGUCGGGUGGUCAUGGACGCGUGCGGCGGCGCGGCGGUAGCCUGCCUGGGCCACGGCAACGAGGAAGUCCUCGCCGCCGUGACGGCCCAGAUGAGCACGGGCGUCAGUUAUCUCCACUCCCUAACUUACACCACCGACGUGGCAGAGGACCUGGCACACCACAUCAUCGACGGCCCCCAUGGCGCUGGCAGGUAUGGUCUUGAACGGGCCUAUUUCGUGAACAGCGGCAGCGAAGCCAUGGACGCAGCGCUCAAACUGGCGCGCCAGUAUUUUUUCGAAAAGGGCGAGCCCCGACGCACCCGCUUCGUGAGCAGGAAGCAGAGCUACCACGGCACGACCGUGGGGGCCAUGAACGUGAGCAGCAACUUACCCAGAAAAGUGCCCUACGCGAAUUUCCAGUCCGAGAACUUCAGCUGGGUCACCCCCGCUUAUGCGUAUCAGUAUUCGAAUUGGGAGGCAGGGGAGACGGAAGCAGAAUUCGCCGAGAGGCUCGUCGAGGAACUGGACCUGCAUAUCCGGACCUUGGGGCCUGGGAGUGUCAUUGCCUUUAUCGCGGAGCCGCUUGUUGGCGCGACGAGCGGGUGCACGCCUGCCCCGAAGGGGUAUUUUCGUGGUGUGAGGGACGUGUGCGACAAACACGGCGUCCUGCUCAUCCUGGACGAGGUCAUGUGCGGGAUGGGUCGGACGGGGACGCUCUUUGCUUUUGAACAGGAAGAUAUCGUGCCGGACAUCAUGACCAUGGGCAAGGGGCUCGGGGGCGGAUACUCGCCCGUUGCAGGAGUGUUGGUGCAUAAGAAGAUUGUCGACGUCUUGAGGAAGGGCACGAGUAGCUUCAACCAUGGGCAUACUUACCAGGCCCAUCCUGUGGGCUGUGCCGCGACGCUGGCCGUGCAGCGUAUCCUGAGGCGCGAGGGCCUGGUGGAGAAUGUGGCGAGGUUGGGCAGGUGGUUGUAUCCCUUUCUCCUGGAAACGUUCGGCUCGGCCAAGUAUGUCGGCGACAUUCGCGGACGGGGGCUCUUUUGGGGCAUUGAAUUCGUCGGCGACAAAGUGACGCGAGCACCAUUCCCGCCGGCGGUCGGAUUUGGCGUCCGCUACCAGGCGACUUGUUUUGAGUUGGGCGUGGCCGUGUAUCCGGGCUCAGGCACAGUAGACGGUAAGAAAGGUGACCAUGCGAUUUUGAGUCCGCCGUAUAAUGUGUCGGAGGUCGAGUUGAGGAGGAUCGUGGAAGUCAUGAAGAAGGCGUACGAUAGGAUGGAGGAAGAGGUUGAUCGGGAACUGGCUGGGCGCGAGGAUGUCAACGGCUUAACGAGGGCGUAUUGA